AUGGAGACCGAACCGGGGGGAGUCGGAGGGACCGUCUGCCUGUCCUACAACCAGGACUGCACGUCAUUGGCCAUUGGGAUGAGGACGGGGUACCGGCUUUUUUCUCUCAGUUCUGUAGAACAUUUGGAUCUCGUCCAUGAAAGCUUCGAUCUCCCAGAUGUCUACAUCGUGGAAAGGCUUUUUUCCAGCAGUCUGGUGGUUGUCGUCAGUCACUCCAAGCCACGACAAAUGAAUGUGUUUCACUUUAAAAAAGGUACAGAAAUCUGCAACUACAACUACUCCGCCAACAUCCUCUCCAUCAGGCUGAACCGACAGAGGUUGGUGGUGUGUCUGGAGGAGGCAAUUUACAUCCAUAACAUUAAAGACAUGAAGCUCCUAAAAACACUACUGGACACUCCGCGGAAUGGAUCCGGUCUCUGUGCCCUUUCUAUAAACCAUUCCAAUUCCUUCCUGGCCUACCCUGGCAGCUCCUCCACGGGGGAGAUCGUUGUGUAUGAUGCCAACAUGCUGAAAACGGAAUGCUCCAUUCCAGCUCAUGACAGCCCCCUGGCCGCCAUUGCCUUCAGUCCUACAGGGACCAAACUGGCCAGCGCUUCUGAAAAAGGGACAGUGAUCCGUGUCUUCUCCAUCCCAGAAGGGCAGAAGUUGUAUGAAUUCCGCAGAGGAAUGAAGAGGUAUGUCUCUAUAAAUUCUCUGGUGUUCAGUACAGACUGUCAGUUCCUAUGUGUGUCCAGCAACACCGAGACUGUGCACAUCUUCCGCCUGGAAGUUCCCUUGGAGCGAUUGGAGGAAGCGUCCUCCUGGAGCGGCUACAUGGGGAAGAUGUUUAUGGUGGCGUCCAACUACCUCCCAGCUCAGGUGUCAGACAUGAUGAACCAGGACCGGGCAUUCGCCACGGUGCGCCUCGGCUUCUCCGGCCACAAGAACACUUGCACUUUGGUGACAAUUCACAAACUUCCCCGACUGCUGGUCGCCUCAUCCAGUGGCCAUCUCUACAUCUACAAUGUGGACCCGCAGGAUGGGGGCGAGUGUGUCCUGAUAAAGAAACACAGCCUCCUGGACAGCAGCAAGUCGGAGAAAGGUGGAGAAGGAUCGGCAGAGAGUUCAGCGCCUACAUCUUAUGCUGCCACUGUAGCCAGGCCAAGUAACGUACCCUCCUCAUCCACUGUUACAGGUUACUCAGAAGAUGGAGGGGCCCUGCGUGGUGAGCUGCUUCCAGAACACGAGUUUGCAGUUGGACCGGUUCAGCUGGACGAUGAGAGAGAAUUUCCUCCUAUAAGUUUGUGUCGCAGAGGUCAGAGAGACGCCGGGCCGUGA